AUGGGUCAGAAGCAGCAUGAGAAACCAGAAACUACUGUGAAAUCUCACCAUGACAUCCUAGCGACGUUGCUCGGAAGCAAAGAAGCGGCCAAGAAUUCGAUUCUCUACAGCUAUAAGCAUGGCUUCUCUGGGUUUGCAGCUACUCUCACCGACUCCCAAGCAAAAGCAGUUGCAGAUAUGCCGGGUGUUGUUCGUGUAUUCCCUAAUCGCAUUCAUAAACUCCAAACUACCCGAAGCUGGGAUUUUCUAGGACUCAAUCCACAUGAUAAGUAUCAAAAUAACCUUUUGUCUAAAGCCAAUAUGGGUGAAGGGACUAUUAUUGGUGUUAUAGACUCAGGAAUCUGGCCAGAGUCAAAAAGCUUCAACGAUGAUAACAUGGGUCCAAUUCCAUCCCAUUGGAAAGGAAUUUGCCAAACUGGAGCUGAUCAUUCUUUCAAAUGCAAUAAGAAUAAUAAGAAACUCAUUGGUGCUCGUUGGUUCUUAAGAGGCUUAGAGAAGACUCUGGGGAAGCCCUUGAAAACCACUGAUGAUGAUGAGUUUGAUGAGUAUUUAUCCCCAAGGGACAAAAUUGGUCAUGGAACUCACUGUGCUUCCACAGCUGCUGGUUGUUUUGUAGGAAAUGUAAGCUUUAAUGGACUAGGUACUGGUUUAGCUAGAGGUGGUGCACCUCUUGCUCACCUAGCAAUCUACAAAGUUUGUUGGUAUAAAAUGGGAUGUACAGAUGCAGAUGGACUAAAAGCAUUUGACAUGGCUAUACAUGAUGGAGUAGAUAUUUUAUCUGUGUCUAUAGCGUCGACUGAACUACUGCCUCUGGAUGAGUACUUCAAAGAUGGAUUUGCAGUUGGUGCAUUUCAUGCAGUAGCAAAGGGGAUAACUGUGGUUUUUGCAGCAGGAAAUGAGGGUCCACACUCUUAUACUGUUAAAAACCCAGCUCCAUGGAUCAUUGAUGUUGCAGCCACUACCAUUGAUAGGGCUUUCCCAACAAAAAUCACACUUGGAAACAAUCAAACUUUCUUGGGCCAAUCCCAAUCAUCUCUAAAGCACAGAGGGUUCGUUGGUAUGGUAUAUUCAGGAGAUCUGGCUAAAGAUGAUAAAAAUGCAGUUAAUGCAAUAUUUUGCAAUGAAGGAAGUCUCAAUAAGACAUUAGUGAAGGGAAAGACGGUUAAGAAAGCAGGAGGAGUCGGCCUUAUAUACACACAACCUCACAAUGAGCUCAUCUAUCCAUGCGAUGACAUCCCUUGUAUUAAAGUUGAUUAUGAAAUAGGUACAAGGAUAGUUUCCUACAUCAGAAGGACAAGGGACAAGUCUGCAGUUGUGAAACUCAGUCUGCCAAAGUCUCUAGUUGGAAAAUGGGUAUCUCCACGAGUGGCCUCUUUCUCAUCUAGAGGACGAAGUUCUUUGUCACCUGCUGUGUUAAAGCCUGAUAUAGCAGCACCUGGAGUGAACAUCUUAGCUGCAUAUCCACAUGGAUAUGCAUUUAUGUCUGGAACUUCAAUGGCUUGCCCUCAUGUGUCUGGAGUGGCUGCCCUCAUCAAGUCUUUGCACAAAGAUUGGUCACCUGCUGCCAUAAGAUCAGCAAUUGUGACUACUGCCUCAACAAUUGGCACAAAUGGACAGCCAACAAUGGCACAGGGAGAUACUCGCAAACGAGCUGACCCUUUCGACAUGGGUGGAGGGAGUAUCAAUCUCAAGAAAGUGGCAGAUCCAGGGCUCAUUUAUGAUAUUAAAAUAGAGAACUACAUUCAAUUCCUCUGUUCCAUGGGCUACACCAAUAAAGAGAUUACUAUCUUAGAUGGAAGAGAAGUACCUUGUUUGAAAAAUAAGUAUUCUCAGUUAGAUCUAAAUCUCCCCUCUAUCUCCAUCCCAAACCUUAGAAAUACCGUAACAGUCACCAGGACUGUGACAAAUGUGGAGUCUAUUAAUUCAUUCUAUAGAGCUUUGGUAGAAUCUCCUCAUGGUGUGAAAGUGAAAGUUGAGCCACAAACACUAUCCUUCAAUUCAUCCAUCACCAAGCUUUCAUUCAAAGUGACAUUUAGUUCUACUCAGAAGUUGCUUGGGGAUUAGUCAUUUGGAAGCUUGACUUGGACUGAUGGCCAACAUUUGGCUAGGAUUCCAUUGGCAGUUCGUGUUGUUAAGUAUGAAUCUUUUGUGGACACAUAAGGGUUCUUUUCAUUUUCUUGGAAUGGGUUCAAUGGAGAAAAGAAAAUUUGUACUGGACAACUAUAAAGACUUUUAUCAUUGAACGGUUGAGGCUCCUUUCUAGUACCUAUGUAAUCCAACUAGAAAGGGGUUUACUUCAGAAAGGGCAUUGUAAUCCAACUGUUAGAGGUUAUGUGAUUACUUCAGAAAGGGCUGAUUUGAUGAGAGGAGAUAGAGUUGCAGUGGCAGCAAAGUUGAUAAGGGAGACAAAGAGGGAACUGCGGAAAGAAG